AUGGAAUACUUGAACUUCCCGCCUCUGUUUUUGCUUUUGUGCUCGUUUGGGUCGUCACUAGCUGCUGGAGGAAUCAGCGAUCGGAGUAGUACUGACCUACGAGCUCUGCUCGAUUUCAAGUCAAAAAUUACCUCAGACCCACUAGGGUUCUUGGAUUCAUGGAACAGCUACGACGACAACAACCAGUCUUCUUCUUCUUCUUCAUCUUCUUCUCCGCUCCAUUUCUGCCAAUGGGCAGGGGUCACCUGCGACGUCAGCAAUCAAAGCAUUAUCAAGCUCGACCUCAGCUCUCAGCUCCUCCAGGGCUCGAUUUCCCCGUCCAUCGCCAAUCUCACUUACCUCCGGGGACUCUUGCUCCAAAACAACAGCUUCUACGGCGAAAUCCCCGCCGGAAUCGGAAACUUGGCAGGCCUCCAGAUUCUCAAUCUGCAAAGCAAUUCCCUCACAGGAGAAAUCCCGCGAAACAUCUCCGCCUGCUCAAACCUCAUCACCCUCAAUCUCGGCGAAAACAGGCUCGUCGGAAACAUCCCGGAUCCGGUCGUCGGUACUUCGGAGCUCAGGCAUUUGAUUCUCGAGUACAACAAUCUCACCGGCGGCGUCCCUCCAUCGCUGGGUAAUAUUUCGUCUCUAGAAGUAAUCACCGUAAACUUCAACAACCUCAGAGGAACGAUCCCCGAAACACUGGGUGGCCUCAAGAACCUGUAUUUCCUCUCAAUGGGAGGAAACUCGUUCACCGGAACAAUCCCAAUUUCCAUCUACAACAUUUCUUCCAUGAGCGUUCUGCAUUUCACGCAGAAUCAGCUCGAGGGGACGAUCCCAACAGAAUUGGGCAACCUUCUCCCAAAUCUCACCGUGUUCAACAUCGCCGAGAAUCGAUUCACCGGCGAAAUCCCUCCUUCGCUGUCCAACGCUUCAAACUUGGAGAGGUUUACAAUUGCUAUAAACAGAGUCUCUGGAACACUGCCGUCAAUGGAGAAGCUGCACAAGCUGUGGUGGCUGAGCAUUGCGGAUAACUUGCUUGGAACCGGUGAAGCCGGUGAUCUCGAUUUCCUUUCCACUUUCAGCAACCUGUCGAGCUUACAGUUGAUUUCCAUGAGUCAAAACAGAUUCGGCGGAUCGCUGCCGCAAUCGGUCGUUAAUUUUACAGAGCUUUCGAUUCUGGCGGUGGAUGGUAACAAGUUAUCCGGAAGAAUACCGGAAGGGAUUGGGAAUUUGAAGAAAUUGGAAUGGUUACAUUUGGGGAACAAUCGGCUUACGGGCUCUGUUCCUGAAGAGCUUGGCGAAUUGGGGAAUUUGAAGAAACUGUAUCUCUUCCGAAACAGAUUCACAGAGGGAAGAAUUCCUUCCUCUUUUGGGAAUCUAAGCAAGCUGACACAUCUCAGCAUGCAGAAGAGUUAUAUACAGGGGAAGAUUCCUCCAAGCUUGGGGAACUGCCGGAAUUUGCUGAAGCUGAAUCUCGAUGGAAACAAUCUCACCGGAGAGAUCCCAGGAGAGAUUCUGAGCAUUGAAUCGCUAUCUAUCUACCUGGGCUUGGCCGAUAACAGAUUCACAGGCGCCCUGCGGCGACAAGUCGGGAACUUGAAGAAUCUAGGAGCAAUGAACGUUUCGCACAACCUGUUAUCCGGCGAAAUUCCGGCGAGCCUCGGAAGCUGCAUUCGAUUGGAGGCGCUUAUGUUGGAGAGCAAUUCCUUUCAGGGAUUCAUCCCUUCGUCGCUGAAUUCUUUACAGGGGAUUCAAGUUUUGAACUUUGCUAACAACAACUUGACCGGAGAAAUCCCAGAGUUCAUCGGGAGCUUCCAGUCACUCAUAGCGCUGGACCUGUCUUUCAACAGCUUCCAUGGCAGAGUGCCGAGCGAAGGCGUGCUCGCAAACGUAACCGCAGCUUCCUUUUACGGAAACAGUCAAUUGUGCGGCGGCAUUCCGGAACUUGAACUGCCUCCCUGCAUCAGCAAUGCGAAACCAAAGAGACUUUCCACGGCAAUCAUUGUUGCUGCCAUCAUUGUUUCACUUGCUCUGUUUUUAUCUGUCCUGUUUCUGCUCUGUAUCAAGAGAAACAGAGUGGAGCAGGAUGCAGAACCUGAAUCAAGUCCUUUUCCCCAAAUGAGUUUCCACAGCCUGCGGAAAGCUACUGGAGCGUUCUCUCCUCGGAAUCUGGUCGGAUCGGGAAGUUUUGGAUGCGUCUACAAAGGCAUCGACCCAAAAGACGGGAAGAUCAUAGCAGUGAAAGUUUUGAACCUUCUUCACCCAGCAGCUGCCAAGAGCUUCAGAGCUGAAUGCGAGGUUUUGAAGGAAGUCAGACACAGAAAUCUCGUCAAGCUGCUGACAUCAUGCUCAAGUGUCGAUAAUGAAGGGAACGAAUUCAAGGCCUUAGUUUAUGAAUUCGUGGCUAACGGAAGCCUGGAUGAAUGGCUGCAUCCGCAUCACGAUCCUGAAUUCGAAGCAGAGCAAGAUUUCGAGUUCCCUCCGAGGAGGGCGAGGAAAUUGAAUUUGAUAGAGAGAUUGGAUGUGGCUAUCAAUGUCGCGAACGCAUUGGAGUAUCUUCACCAUGGCCUCAAGACUCCAGUAGUUCAUUGUGAUUUGAAGCCAAGCAAUGUUCUUAUCAAUCAUGAAAUGACUGGGCUGGUGGGCGAUUUCGGGUUGGCUCGAGUUUUCUCAGAAGCAGCAGCCAAUGCUGUUAGUUGCAGCCUGUCUAGCAGCUUUGGAGUCAGGGGAACCAUUGGCUACACAGCUCCAGAAUAUGGGAUGGGGAAUGAGAUAUCUACUAGCGGAGAUGUGUAUAGUUACGGGAUUUUGUUACUAGAGAUGUUCACAGGAAAGAGACCCACGGAUGAGAUGUUUAAGGACGGACUUAACUUACACCGUCACGGGAAGGUGGGUUCGUGGGAGGAAGCGAAAGAGAUAUUGGACGCGACUCUGGUCGAGGAGAUUGAAGAAGCAUCGGUAUCCCUCGCCACAAGCACUGCGGUUCAACAAUGUUUGGUUUCCAUACUUGGGCUCGGUGUAGCUGCUUCCGUGGAGUCGCCCAGAGAGCGGAUGAGUAUCACCGACGUUGCAGUGAAUAUGUCUGGAAUUAGGGGAAAACUUGCACAAAAGUGGGAUCGUAGAAGGAUGGGGGGGAAAAAAUAUUGGGCGAGUACUUCUCGUCGAGAAAAUUCGGAGAAACCGAUUGAUAUAUGCGAUGAGAAACACGGUAGCUCUACAGGAUGA